AUGUCAAGUCAACGAAGUGGUUGUGAAAAGAGAAAACGUAAAGCCUGUAAAGAAGCAGAACUAUUAAAAAUUAAAACUAGUGCAGAAAAUAUAACAGAUUCUAUAUCUGACAGCACAAAGAAAAUUGAAAAUAAGGAACUACAUAGUGAUGAUGCUAGUGCAGAUAAUACAACAGAUUCCAUAUUCGAAAGUUCAAAGAAAAGUGAAAAUAAGGAACUACAUAGUGAUGAUACUAGUGCAGAAAAUACAACAGAUUCUAUAUCUGACAGCACAAAGAAAAUUGAAAAUAAGGAACUACAUAGUGAUGAUGCUAGUGCAGAUAAUACAACAGAUUCCAUAUUCGAAAGUUCAAAGAAAAGUGAAAAUAAGGAACUACAUAGUGAUGAUACUAGUGCAGAAAAUACAACAGAUUCUAUAUUAAACAGUUCAAAACAAAGUGAAAAUAAGGAACUAUAUAGUGAUGAUGUUAAUAUGGUGAAUGUAUAUGAUCCGGUUAAUCCAUUUUCAAAAGAUCGCUUAGAGUUCCAAAAUCGAAUUUUGAAAGGACGUUACAAGCCUAUAUUAGAUCUUUAUCCACGGUCACUUCAAAACUCUAAAAAAAGGUCAUUUCAGAAAAACUGGUAUGAUAUUUUUGAUUGGUUAGAGUAUAGUGAUGCUUCUGACAAGGCAUUUUGUUUCCCUUGUCGCUGCUUUAAAGGUAAUGAAUUAAAUAGCAGCUACAGUGAAUCAACAUUUAGUAGUAAUGGUUUUAAAGCGUGGUAUCGAGCUAUUGAUGCAUUCAAAAAACAUCAAUCAUCUAAAUGUCACUUAAACAGUGCAAAAGCAUUAACUGAUUUUAUUAAUUUGAAGUCAAUUGACUGUGUGCUCGAUAAGAAUCGUCUUGAAGAAAUUAGUAGAAAAGAAAAAGAUCGUUUGAAAAACAGAGAAUUUAUGAAUCGUAUCAUUGAUAUUGUAAUUUGUUUAGGAAAGAGUGGUAGGCCAUUUCGUGGUCAUGAUGAAAAAUCUGAUAGUUGCAAUCAAGGACUUUUUAAGGAAUUAGUAAUCUUACUGACAAAAUAUGAUGUUGUUCUUCAAGACCAUUUACAAGAGGCUCCAAAAAAUGCUUUGUACACAAGUAACAGAAUACAGAAUGAUUUAAUAACAUCAAUUAAAAAUGUUAUUUUACGAAAUAUAAAAAACAACCUACAAAAUUCGUUCAUAUCAAUAAUGGCUGAUGAGACUACAGAUGUUGGUCAUUUUGAACAAUUGUCAAUUGUUUUUCGAUAUUUUGAUGAAAAAAAAAAUAGACCAGUUGAAACUUAUAUUACAUUGAAACGAAUGCAAUCUGUUACAGCUCAGGCUAUUUUUGACUGUCUUCAUGAUGUAUUGAUACUUAUGGGAAAAGAUUGGCAUUCAGUUUUAUCAGUUUGCUUUGAUGGUGCUUCAACUAUGGCUGGUAAAAUAGGAGGCGUGCAGACAAAAUGUAAAGAACAAAAUUCAAAUAUUAAAUAUAUUCACUGUUAUGCUCACUGUCUAAACUUAGCACUUGUUUAUUCAGUAUGUGAUAAAUCAAAAAAUUCCAAAAGAAAUAAAUUAGUAUUCAAUUUUUUUGGAACUAUACAAUUUACCUACAAUUUUAUUGAAAGUAGUGCAAUGAGGCAUGCAAUUUUAGAAAAAAUAUCCAAAGAUGUAGGAAUUAAGUUACUUACAUUAAAGUCGUGUUCUAUUACUCGCUGGGCGUGUCGAGCAGAAGCAGUCAAAUCAGUGCUUAAUAACUAUGAAGUUUUGCUUUUAGCCAUAGAAGAAAUUUGUGAAAGUAGUAGUGUUCCAGAAAUGUGUGCAAAAGGAAUGGGUUUGAAGUAUCAAUUAAAAAGUUUUGACUUUAUUUUUGGGCUGUAUUUAUUGAAUCCUAUAUUAAAUAUAAUAUUAAAGACAAGUUCUUUAUUACAGUCGCCAAACAUGGAUCUUGUACUAGCAGUAAACAGUGUACAGUCUUUAGUACAAAACUUGAUGGCUAUGAGGAAUAGUGAUGAAGAGUUUAGAAAUAUUUAUCAACAGUCAGUAGAACUUUGUCAUAAAAAUGGUGUACAAGUACCAGAAGUAAUAAAUAGAAAAGUGUCAACUCGAAUAGACAAAACAUCAAAUAAUCAAUUUGUUUUUAAAACAAAAAAAAAUGAACUUAAAAUAACUGUGUACAACCAAUUGUUAGAUGAACUCAUUUCUGGCAUCAACUCGAGGUUUAACCAAGAAAUUGUGCAAUUAGUUCAAGCUGUAGCAAGUAUGAUUCGUCUAGACACUACGCCUGUAAUGAUUUCAAUAUUAUCAAAUUUUGCAAAUGUCCCGGUAGAGAAAUUACAAUCUGAGAUACAACUAUUAAAAUAUUUACCAGCUACUGAUGGUAAACCAGAUACUAAUACUAAUAAUGAAUCUAUUCAUGCAUGGCUUGAUUUUAUGAAAACAAAUAAUUACAUAAAAUCAUUUAAUGGAUUUUUCACCGUACUGAAAUUAUUCAGUAUAAUACCAGUUACAAGUUGUUCCUGCGAACGGGUAUUUUCAAAACUAACAAUAGUAAAAAAUAAAUUAAGGAGUACUAUGCAACAAGACCGACUUAAUAGUUUAUUAUUAAUGUUUACUGAAUCAGAAUUAACAUCUAGUAUUAACAUUGACAUGGUGAUUUACGAAUUCAAAAUGAUGGGAAAUAGGAGAAUUCAUUUAUAAUUGUUUUUAAAUUAUACAUAAUUACACAUGUAUACAUUAUAUAUGCUUUAUG